AACAGCACUGUGGACAGGUACAAAGGGCAUGAUGUCAGCAAUGCCAGUUGUAACUCUUGAACUGAAUGCAAAUUAGUGUGAGGGUAUACUUAGAAGCCACUUACAACUCAGGAAAUGGAAUUGACCCUUAAACAGCUGUCAUUAUCAGUGGAAGUCAAAUGUAGGGAUGUUCCUUGCAUUCCAUUUUUGCUCAUAUAGGGAUUAGAGUUUGCAAUCCUUAGGGGACUAAUACUGUACCAUUUUUUCAGAUAUAGUCAUUCAUCAUACCAUAGAGAUAGUUUAGUACUGCAGUUGGAAUAACAUUUAAAACUGAUUGAUAUACAGUAGAUCAGGACUGCUAUUUUACACACCAGAUUGAGGAGUUUUUUAAUUUUACUAUUAGUUCUAAUAAGGAAUGCAAUACUGUAAAGAGAAACACAUACUACCUGAUGUGAAAAUUGCUUUGUACAAUUUAGAUAUAAAGGUACAGUACAGUUAUUUGAAGCAUCAAAAGUGUGCAGUAUUGACAAAUUUUGGAAAUGUAAUAAAUGUUAAGUGGUGUUUGACAGUGAGUGUGACUUCAAGAAACAUUUAACAUAUAAUAGAAGAGGCAACAUGAAUGAAUCAUAUAAUUUUGAGUGUUCUGUCUGUGGUCAGGAGUUUAAAGAAGAUCUUUUGAAGAAUCAUUUACUCUACCACAUAAAAGAAAGAGCCAAGCCCAGCACUGAUGAGGAAGAGAAUUCUAAGGAACAGAAUCGGAUCCUUGUUAAAAAGUGUGAAUCUUUUGAUGACAAGCUAUUUGAGUGUUUGACAUGUGGUGCUAAAUUUAAACAUAGAGGGUAUUUUAAAAAGCACUUGAUCCAACACACACAGAAAUUAGAAGACAAGAGUGAAAAGAUAAGUCAGUCACAAGAGGAAUUAUGUGAGGUUCCCAAACCAAAUAAAAUGAGAAAGUACACUUGUUCUGCUUGCUUUAAGACUUUCAGCUCCUUGGACAAAUUAAGGCGCCAUACAUUAAUUCAUACUGGCCAAAAUUAUUUUACGUGUGACUUGUGUGGCAAAGCAUUUAGCAGGAAAGAUUACCUUAAUUGCCAUAUGACUUUCUGUUUGCAAAAAAACAUCAAAUUUGUACAGUGUUCUGUGUGUUCUCAAGAAUUUGAAAGCGAAUUCCAACUUUGUAAUCAUAUGUCUCUACAUCCUCAAGAAAUGAAUCCUGGGCCUGGCUCUAAGCAAGAAAAGGAGGUGAAAAUAUUGGCCCACAAGAAGGAUAAGCCCUCAGGGACUUUGGAGUGUUGUGACAAAGGUGGGAAUCAAAGUCUUUUAAACUACCAAAAUAGGAAAUGCCAAGAAAGUGAUAAUGACAACCUGGAAAGUGAAAGAGAUUUAAUUAUGACUCGAAUACCUGCUCUGCCAGUGGGUAAACCAAACGGGGGAAUAACUAAACAAGAAACAUCUUCAAGUACUCCUCUUUCUCCUCACAAAACUGCAACACAGUCGAAGCGAAAGUUUGAAGAGUGCUUUGUCUGUGGUCGUGUUUAUAAGCACCGAGGCCAUUUAUAUCUUCAUUUGAGAACACACUUCAACGAAAAUAAAGAUGACAAUACCUGUGAAUAUAAGGAUGAUGAUUCACUUGCCACAUGUUCUCCGAAAGAAAAACUCAGGACACGUGUGAACCAUAAAGUCUCCAGGAAAACUCGUAGGCGUCUUAUGCUGAACGAAUAUAGAUACCGUUGUCAAGAGUGCCCAAAACAGUUUAAGUUUCCAGGUGGACUGAGGAGGCACUUGAUCACCCACAGCACACAGAGACCCUUCAAGUGUGAUGACUGUGGAAAAACAUGCAAGAGGGAAGACAAUUUACGGAUUCACAUGAUUAAAUGUUAUAAAAGGAGUGGAAAGUCUUUCUCAUAUUAUAGACGUAAAGUAGAUGGCUUCCGAUACCUACCAGUAUUGUUAAAGUGCCGUGUUUGUGACAAGAAAUUCAGAAGUAGGAAAUAUUAUAAUGAACAUAUUGCUCUACACUCGGAAGAAAAUUCUGAUGAGAACCUCGGAGAAACUAAAAUCAAAGUUGGAAUAGAUGAAUGUGACCAACUGGCAGUACUUCCUAAACAUGAAGUAUCUAAUUUUGAGGAUGAUACGGAAGCUAAGCCCACUGAUACUUCAAGUGUAAAGGAAACAGUCCUAUUCUCAAACGAUAGAAAAUCAAGCAACAUCACUUGUAACCCUGUGGAACAAUUGGAUGCUUGCACUAAUCAAGGUUCUCAGAAAACAUUAAUCUUAAAAAAAGGUAAUAAUGAAUCUGACAUACCAAUGCACGAUAGGAAAAAAUCCUUGAAGAGCAAUGACUGUGAAAAAAAACCAGACAGAAACUGGCAACAGAAUCAUCCUCAAGCCACAUCAAGUGUUACACCACCCAAUGCUUGUGCGUUUUGCGACAAGACAUUCAUACGUAAAGGUAAUCUUGAACGUCAUAGACACACCCACCACCCAGAGAAGUUACCAGAGAGUUCAGAAUGUGACAAACAUUUUAAAGUCAAAAGACAGAAGGGAAAACAUGUUCCUCAAAACACACAUGUAGACAAUGAUUUACAGCAAAAUGUGAAAAGCCGUACAAGCAAGAGGAUAGCAUUAUCUGUACCUCUAAAACCUAUAAGUAAUUCAAAGGAAAAGGAAGUGAAUGGCCCAAGAAUGAAUACUUCAAGAAGAUCUUCAGACAGUAAAGGUAUUGAGAUACAAAAUUUUGUCACUUCAUCAGAUGCAGCUCCAUCAUCUAGCAACUAUAGGAGAAUCCAUGCUUGUCAUGAGUGUGACAAAGUGUUUAGGACAAAGGCUAUUGCUAUACAACAUAUGGUUACUCACACAAGAGAAAAAUCCAUGUGUUGUUCAAGAGAAAAAUCCAUGUGUUGUUCUGAGUGUGGAAAACGUUUAAAAAACAAACUUUCUCUGGAGCAACACAUGGCUCUUCAUGCAGGUUACAAAUGGAAGAUUUGUGUUAGAUGUAAGAAGGCAUUUUUGUCAAAGCCCACCAAUAAACCGGCGUGUUCCAAGUGUGAAAUUAAAUUGCAGUUUAAAGGAAAACAGGUCAGAGGUACAAGAAAGAAACAGCUUAAGAAAAAUUUUUGUAGCAAGCCUCGGACAGUACUUCUUGGAGAAGAGAAACCCAGCAAACUGAAAACUGUGGGUGAGAAGGCCGAUGAGGAGAAAGUGACUCCUCGAAGAGGUUGGGAAUUUGAGGGCUUUGAUAAUUGUAAUAAAAUUUUGUGUGAUAGUAGCCAAAUCUUUCCCUGUAAAAAUGAAAGUAAUGAUUUAGAAAAACAAAAUGUGAAUCAAACAGAUUUAAAGAUUAAGGAUGAGUCAGGUGACAUAAGAGUAGAGAUUUGCUUGGAUUGUUCAAAUGAUGACAUGGACGACCUUCAACCAAAUCAUCCUGAGAACAUUUUGAACAGUUCUGACUCCAAAGAAUCUCUUUCAGAAAAUAAUAAAGAACUCAGAUUAGUUUCUCAUUCCACUGAUAAACGUCUGAUGCCUAUUAACUCUUUCCCGAUGACACGUAACAGAGUGAUCUCGCCAUCACAAAACUCAAGAAAUUUAAAUACUGAUACAGUUCAAACACCAUCACCAACGAUGAACAAUUGGAAAUUUAACUGUAAAUCUUCACAAGUAGCAGUCAACAUAGAUUCUUGUAGUCCUCCACUAGUGGAAGACACUGAUGAAGCAAGAUUGUCAAAAGUGACGAGUAAUGAAGAUACUUGUGUUCAAGCAUCACCACCGAGCAGUAGUCAGGCACAUUGUAAACCAUCCCUAGAGAAAAAAGUAGAGACUGGUUGCUCAUACUCUUCUGAGGUGAACAGUAUGGAGGGUUAUCUUCAGUCCCCACCAGAGAUGCAAAAACAGGUCUUUCCUCAAAAUACACCUUGUACAAUUAAAGAGAACAAAUGUCAAAAAUACCUAUCAAAAGUCUAUGGGAAGAUUUCCCCUAAACUCAUGCCAGUUAUGAGCAACAAAACAAUUUAUCCAAGAUGUUCCCCAGAGAUAAAUAUUGUCAACUUAUAUCCAACAAUAUUACCCAAGACAGACCCUGUCAAGAUUUGCCCACAAUCCUCAACAGAAACUAACUUUACAAAUACCAGAACUUGUAUUUACCUAAAAUUCAUACCAAAGACAUCUGAUGUUAAAGUUAACUCUGAAUCCUUGACAGACAAGAUUAGUGAGAAUAUUGGUUCAAAGUCAUCAUCAGAGAUGCCCAGUGUAAAGACAGGUUCAAAUUUUACACGAGAAAAGAUGCAUGUAAAGUCUUAUCCACCUAUCUUACCAAAGAUAAGCAAUUUGAAAACGCCAGAAGGAUCAUCAGCUGGGAUGUCAACAAGUUUUAAUCCAGAAUUUAUUAAUUUAGAGACGUUUGAAAAACCUGAGCCUGAAAUGAAAAAUGUGAAGUUCUUUUUUUAUCGAACAAAAUCCCAGACAAGGUGUAGUGAUCCCAAAACAUCUAGUGAAUUUGUAAAAGCUCAUACUAAUUCUUCAGUGGCAUUGACCACUUCUACGUCUUCCUCACCGUCAGAAUACACAAUGAAUGUUCUGUCGAAGCCCUUGGUAUCAGCACACACUUCAGAAAUAAUUAAAUAUGUAUCACCAAGCCCCACAAAGAUAUCUGUUAAGUCUUCUUCAGCCAGCACCACACAUGCUAAUUCCAUACCACAAGCCAGUUUUGCAUCAACCAUAGUUAACACUUCUCCAAUACCCACCAGUAUAAAUAUUUUUCCUCUCAGACUCUUUUCAUCACCUAGCACUGUGAAAAGCUCUAGUAAUGUCUCUUUAGCACCCAAAAAUAAUACAGGACAUGCCAACUCUCCACAGGGAGUAAACAGUGUAAGGAGUAAUGCUAAGUGCUCUCCAACUGUUUUAAGUACUACAGACACUAAAGGUAUUAGCAGCUCCUGUAGCACUACAAAGACUUAUUCAAACCCCUCAUUAGUAAUUUGUUUAAAGAGGAUAGAUGGUAACUCCUCAACAGAAAACAUGAAGAGAAUGUGCUAUUUUCGAUCUUUGGCAGCAGACAAGGAAAUGUUUUGUGAUGAGCCACCAUUACAAGCAGCAAACUCACUUGGUAACUCAAUUUCUGAUAAUACUGAUCCCAUGAAGGCACAAGAUAGAGGAAAUGUAAGAGUGUGUUAUGAUGCCGAGGAGGAAUAUGACCGAGCAUUACUAGAAUUGGGAAGACCAAUCAUGACGGAACCUUUCAGAAAACAACUAAUUUGAAAGGAAACGCCCAGGCACACGAGGAAAUAGAAUGAUUAUCAAAGUUUUUUGUUCCUAAUGUGAAUUUGCAAGAAAUGUUUCAGUUUACCUACGGAAUAAAUCUUUUGGUGUUUCUACAAUAUACAUAAUCAUCAUUAGCUAUCUUCUGUGUUUAUUAAUCAAUGACAUUACUGCAGAGGAUGGCAGAAUAUUAUUUACUGACAAGAUAUGGACACUCCUGUUAAGUUCACAUAAUACUGUUGUGUUGUUAUUAUACCAUGUAGUCUGUAAACAGUUUUGUCUUGUUUUGUUUUGGUAUAAAUUCCUUUGUUUCCUUUAAUUCAUUGAUUUUAUACUCUCAUCUACUUAUGGUUUUCAGACUUGUUUCCAUUGGGGUGUACAGUACUGAGUGAAAGUUUUAAUUGGCACAGAAUUGAGAGAAAUAUUUGUAAUGUCUUUUCGGCACAACACGCUCAAUUUGUUUGGUGGCAGGAGUGGACGAGGUUGGAGCCAAGCUGUAGGCGGACAGUAAUUAAUCAUUCUGUCCAAAAAUGCUUUAGAUUCACGAACCUGAAACUCGGGGUUCAGGGUGUGAAGUGUCAGGACUUUUGUGGGUGACUAUAUUACAUUAUGAAAUGCAAGAAGAUAUCAUGAUCCUGACAUAAUUGUUUUGGUGUUAAAAAGAAUUAACCUUUCCUUUUGAUUCAUUGAUUUAUGCUUUUCCUAAUCAUAUUUUAGUACAGUUAACCCUCUAUCCAAUUCAUGUAAUAGCUACAGUACUUUUACCUGUACUACCUAUUUUGUAAUGUAACAAUAGUGCACUGCAAGCAACCUUCUUAAGUCUUCAGACAAUACACAAUUUGGUUUCAUCAUUCUUUGAAAAAUACUGUACGGUUUACAUUCUUAUACAGUAAUUUAAGUUGCAACCAUGAAAAAAUUGGGUGAUCUAAGUAGGUUCAGAUAAAACUUUUGUUAUUAUUAUUCACUUAAAACAAUAUAAAUAGUAUUAAGAAAUUAUAGAGAAACAAACAGAACAACAGAAUAUGGGGAAAAAUCUUUACUUACCAUAAACAUAAAGUAGUAGUUCCUCUCUUCCAGCCAAAUAAAGGUAUACUGAGGAUGCUGCUCGUGUCCACUCACUUAGACCUAAAACAAAGCGUGGGAACACCAGACGUAUUUAAAUGUCUCGCUUGAAAAUGAGCUCGCCUGUUGACGUUGGCCACAGUUUAUGAAUUGUCGUAAUGUGAUGUACAGACCGAUACAACUCGAGAUUUUUCUAAAACUGCAUAGGAAUGUUCUGUCACUUUAGCUUUGUAGGGCUGUUUUAAACUUGAGGACUGUUUUCACUUCCACGGCUUGUGCUGGUAGACUGUUCCAUAGGUCUACCACCCUCUGUGUGAAGUAGUACAGGCAAUCCUCAGUACUAAUGUCUGCUGCCACCAACCUUAUACUUUAUUAGCGUGCAGCCACCGAUCAGUGAAACACAGGAAUUCAGACACAUUAUUGUAUCCAUUGGACCUUUAUUUAAUUGCUGAAGUUAUUUCAUAAUUACUUGUGUACUGUAUUUUAUUUUACAGUUACUGUAUUAUUAUUACUUGAAAUAUAAAUUUUUUCAUUUAUAUUUUAAUAACUGCAUUUAUUAAUGUAUUUAUUUAUUUAUACAGUAUUUAUUUUUGUUUUCACAUGUAUUUUGGUAUCAAUUAAUUAUUUAUAUCUAUUUUGCAAACACAUUUUCAGGAACACAGCAAGUUAGUAUACUGGGAACUGCCUAUACUGUACAUGCACUUCCUUAUAUUAGUCCUGUGUGAUACCUUAGUGAGCCUGAAGUUGUGUUGGUGGUGUAUGACAUCACAAAAAUUCAUUUAGGUUUAUGUCUUCCUUCCCUUUCAUGUCACUUGACCAAACACCUUAAACAAUCCAUAUACUGUAUAACACAUCCACUGGUAAACUUAAUGUGAGCAAGUUUGUCAGACAAGAUUUUCUCUCCAUAAACCAUGUUGUGGUGAAUUGGAGACUGUGCUCUAUUAGGUGUUGGAUGAUGGGUUACCUCAAAUUGUUCUCAAAGAGUUUGCAUAUACUGUACUGUAUAGUAUGUGAUGUUAGGCUGAUUGACCUAUAGUUUUCUGCUGAAUUUUUUCCUAACCUUCAUGUAUAUUGGAUGACGUUAGUUCAUUUCAAAUCCACAGGGUCUUUUCAAAAUUUGAUUAGGAUUAUUUACAUCAUUGCAAAAUACUGUAGUAUAUAAUAAUUUGUGUAUGGUAUAAUUUUUUUGUUUUGUUUUGCUCCUAUAAUAAAGUACAGUACAUCUAUAUUAUCAAUCCAUUAUUUUAAUUUUUUUCUGCUUUCCCUAUUCUGUGGGGAUGACUAUGAGAUCUUUAAUUGAAUAGGUUUAGUGUUGUCUAAGCUACAAACAAGAUCAGGUCACACGUAAUGGUCACAGGAUACUGAUCACCCUUGGAUGACACCAGCAGGAAACCAUGAGUGAUGAGCUCAGAUAUAUAGAGACAGUGAGGGAUAGUUUAUCGUAUCUGAGUACAUGAGGGCCAAGGUAUGACUGACCCUCCUCUUAUCAUACUACAAGUGGAACACCAAUGUCCCACAAGGAAGAUAGAUCUGUGUCAUUGAAUUCCAGUUAAAAAGCAAAUCAUUCAAGAAGUUUUACAGUAAAGGGGACGGUGUGAUUCAAUUUUAUUCCUUCUACACGUAUUUACAUUACAUGCUUUCAAGAUAAACUCACUCAAUUAUUGUUUCCGUGUACAAGUUUUUUACAUGGACUCAUGCCCCCCGCCUCCACCAGUUUGGGGACCAUUGAUAUUGUACAUGAUGUUGAAAUACAGUGAGCUACUCUUACACACAAUUAGAUCACCCAGGAAAAAUUCAUAAUACCAAGAACUAGAAAAAAAACUUACUUUGAUAAACACUUCAGGUCACCAAGAGAAACACAGACGUGGGCAGAUAUACUGAAAUAAAAAAUACAAAUCCAGAAGUGUUAAAACAAGAUAAAGGAACUGAAUAUGACAAGGAUAUCAAGACAAUACUAAAUUCUAUAAGUUUGAAAAAGCAACUACAGUAAUGGCUACAGCUAAUAAUGGUAGGUGGCAGGAAGUAACAUGGCUACUGCCUACUCGGGUUGCCAAUAUAGGUGCUAUAAUAACCCGUGUGUUUUUUUCUACUUCUUAAUAACUAUACCAGUAAUAUAUAAUAUGUACAAUGAAAGAAAAGUCGUGUCGUGGAAUUUGGUGAAAACAUAUGCCGAAGAGCUAAACUUUUGGUGCGCUCUGCCUUGUGGUAGGCGGUUCUCAUAAUGUUACACGAGUUAUAUUUAAUCUCUGGACAAAACAGCGACACAACUUUUGUCUUUGAUUGUACAUAGCAAAAAUGAAUCUCAGAUGCACAGUAAUGUAGAUUAAUGACAAAAUGGUAAAUUAAAGAACACAUUUUGGAUUUUUCAAUGAAAUACUGUACAGUAUGUCAUAAACUUUUAAUUAAUUUUAUACGGCAAUAUUUCACUGAGUGGUAUAUUUUAAUUUAAUCAGUUACAAAUUAUAUUUAACGAUCAUAAAAAUCCUUCACUAACAUAUUAUGCCAAGUUUUUGACACUCCUGUACUGCUGACAACUGAGCAUCUGGUCUGAAUUAGCCUACACACACUCAGUUUUGUUUAUACAGACAUCUAUUCUUGCAGCACUUGUUUUAACAGAGAGUAAACAGUCUGUGUAAUGUUCAGUUUUGUUUCAGCAGACGAGUUUGACCAUGUGUAGCAGGUUUAAUUCCUUCUUUCUGUCUAUAUAAUUUUAACAUGUUUAUUCCAAACUCAUUCUGUCUAUAAUGUAUAUCUUUUAAGGAAAUUUUACUGGGCAACAAAGAGGUGGCUUUACUAUUUACAAAACAAAACUAUUUUUAGGUCAAAAAUAAGAACUGCAAAUCCAACACAUGUGCAAUUGUGCAUAGAACAUUAAUAUGUUAGAAUGACCUCCUGGGACACCCUGUAUACUCCCAUAAGCAGGUCAUUACAAGCACUACCAAAGGAUCAAAUAUUAUACAGCUCUCAUGAAUUAUACAAUUAUUUUUAUGUACCCUCCAUUUAUGCAAGUAAAUCACUGUAGGUGCACGUGAUCUAGGUAUAUGCUGAUAACCACAAGGAAAGAAGAAAACACGAAAGCACUUGGGAACUUCGUGUUUUCUUCUUUCCUUGUGGUUAUCAGCAUGUACCCUCCAUUGCGUACCAUAAUCCCUAUCGGUACUAUAUUCUAACAGCAAAUUAGGGAAUACCAUAACAUUUAUUUUAUUAAUUAUUUAAAGUUUAUAGGCCUAUUAGAAUUUAAGUAUUACGAGAAUAAAUUUAAUACCCUGUAAUAAACUUAAUCCAAUCCUUAACACUUCAUUCAUCAGCUCUUUCCUAAAGUAAUUGUUAGUUCAUCUCAAAUAUGAUUCAGGAAAUGCAUUUGUUUGUUCUUAUCAGUCGAGGGAAUACUGCAAUGUAAAGGUAAAAUUAUAUUGCAGUCCUGGGGUUAUAGUAAUCUAAUAUGGUUAUCAUUUCUCCAAACUUUUGUAAGCUAUUUAUCCAUUGUGGAAAGCAGAGAAUCCCUCCAUGAGAAUUGAUAAUCCAUUAUCAUCCAUCACACACCCGUAGUGACUUGACUCAGGAAUUUGUGAUAAAGCUAUGUACAAUACCAUGAAACUUUACUCUAUUUCUAAAUAAAGCAUUGCUAUUGGCCAAUAUUAACAAUCUGUAUAUUUUCAUUGGAUGACAGCAGUCAAAAUGUUUAAAACCCUCACUCUUUAGAGAAGAAGCAAGGGUAUAUCAGAUAGAGCCUUAUGGUCCAAGAGUAAAAUGGCCACAGUUCUUUCUCUUUCAAUAUCACCGUCCCAAGGAGACGUUUGACUGUACAUCUUUAACUCGCUCCCUGUCUUUUUUUAAUUCUAUCAUGAUAGUGACACGUGGGAAUACCACCAAGAGAUUCAAGUUAUCUCAUUUUCAGUUUCCUGUCACUAUACAGUACUGUAUGUGAGACCUAACUUUUUUGUUUUUAUUAUUUUCAAUAUGACUAGUACCAUGACUUUGUGCAUAAUUAUACUAUACUGAAUAUGAAAGUUGGUAUUGGGAGACUUUUUUGUUGACUGGCAUUACACCACUCUCUCAACACAAUGUUCCCCGCGAGAUGAUGCAGACACCUCUGCAUUGACGAAAUAGCCAGAGGGUAUAUGAAGGUUAUCUGAUAUUACCGGAUACACUUGUUAUUCAACAACUACCCUGGCUGUCAUCAGCAUCAACAUUUAAGUCAGUGUGAGGCACCAGUGCCAGCCAAUUAGCCAUCAGCAUUUGUGUGUGUGACACGGGUAAUCCUACACAGGCAAAAGGCUUUAAGAGUUGAAGAUGGUUCGUGGACUGCGUAUCUUCUUGUGGGUGGCCACACUCAGUGCUACACUCACCCCAGUCUUCUGCGCUGUUGCAAUUGAAUACGCCAACAACCCAGAUAUGCCAGGGAACUGUCUGCUAAAGGAAAGCAGAAUCAGUGUGCCAAGUGGGACCACCUGGGAACUGCCUGACCAGUGUGUCAGGGUCUCCUGUGGUGGAAAAGGCAGCAACAUGUAUAUCCGCUACACUGGGUGUGGUCUGGUGGACGCUCAAUUUCCAUGUUCCAUAGUUCAAGACAUGUCCAAGCCCCAUCCAAAAUGCUGCCCUGAUAUAUUCUGCCCUAAAACAAAGAACUAAUUACCCCUUAAGUAAAACUUUAUCUGUAGUGUCAAAAAACCAGUGGUCAGCCUGUGUCAAAUAACCAGUGGUCAGCUUGUGUCAAAUAACCAGUGGUCAGCUUGUGUCAAAUAACCAGUGGUCAGCCUGUGUCAAAUAACCAGUGUUCAGCCUGUGUCAAAUAACCAGUGGUCAGCUUGUGUCAAAUAACCAGUGGUCAGCUUGUGUCAAAUAACCAGUGGUCAGCCUGUGUCAAAUAACCAGUGGUCAGCCUGUGUCAAAUAACCAGUGUUCAGCCUGUGUCAAAUAACCAGUGGUCAGCCUGUGUCAAAUAACCAGUGGUCAGCCUGUGUCAAAUAACCAGUGUUCAGCCUGUGUCAAAUAACCAGUGGUCAGCCUGUGUCAAAUAACCAGUGGUCAGCCUGUGUCAAAUAACCAGUGGUCAGCCUGUGUCAAAUAACCAGUCUCUAUGUUUUUACUUAAGUCACCAAUAAAGUUCAGUUAAUUUUA